AUGAGUACUCAAGUAACAACAUCAACUACAACUGCUCCAACAUCAAAUACCGUGGCCAUUGGAAAUGGCACAGUCGCUGCAAAUACAGCUGCACAAGCGCCACAGCAACAACAACACCCUCCACAACACAAGGGAAAAUCAGGAAAACGCAUAGAAUUGGAGAGACUAAUACGAGAGUUUCAGAGUAAAUUGGGCCCAAACUGGGAGAAAUACCAUGAAGCAUUGAGCCUUUUCCUCAUUGGUAAGCUAUCGCGACCAGAAUUGGUGUCUACAAUCACCCCACUUUUGAAACCACAAAACUUGUUUCGAUUUCACAAUAAAUUGUUGAUGCUCAACUUUGCCAAUUCUUUAAAGGAUGGCCCUUUGGAUGCCCCCAAUGAAUUGGCCUCGUUUUGGAACAAGAAAUUCUCCAAAGUCAACAAAAAUGUACGAAGCACCCAGUAUGAGAAGUUUAAGCAAAAUAUAAUGGGACUUCCCAUCAAGGAGAGAAGGCGUAUCAAAAACAUCACUAGAGACAGUGGGAAGCGUAACAAAUUGACAGCUGGUAUAACUUUAACUCGUCAUACUUUAUUACCAAAGAUCCCCAUGAUUCAAGACAAGGAACAACAGCAAUUGCAAGUGAACAAUUUGGUGCAGUGGCAACAGGAUGUGUUGAAUGGUAUAAAUGCCCCCAUCGCUACCGAAAGUUAUGAAAUACCUGAUGCAGAUACCCUUUCCAAGCAGAUUUUGAUGACCAUGAGAGAACAUGGCUUGACUGGGGGGUUAAAUCCAGGCGUGAUUGAAGUUAUACUUCUAGGCUUGAAAGCACAUAUGAAAAACAUUGUUGAAAGUGCGAUUGAUGUGGCAAAGUAUAGGAAAAACAAGUAUACCAAUAGGGACUAUGUGCCACUUGACAAUGAUGGUAAUGCAACUAUCAAUGGAGUAGUUGCUAAUGGAUCCAGUUCAAAAGCUCCCUCAUUUCCUGAAACUACACAUAAUAAAGACACUGUGUUGUCAGUGGAGGACUUGUACGAUACGUUUGAAAUGUUUCCACAUAUAAUUGAACCUUGUGGACCGAAAUUGAGAUUGAGUAAUGUAUUACUCGAGAACGAUGAUUGUCAAGAAAAGGGCUUGAGCUAUAACUUGCCACCUAAACCAGCAUCACUUUUGGAAAACAGAACGAAAUUUAAUCAACCACCAGCUCCAGCCUUGCACACGGAAUCUGCAACUGGUGCAACUAAUAGCGGGAUAUCUGUGAAUGCAAAUGCGUCUAAUUCUACUUCUUCGUCGUCUGGAAAUAGCACCACCGAUCCCAUUACGGCUCAGAGUCAAGGCAGUGUCAAUGAUGACAAGAGUAGCGAAUCUAAGAACAACGAGGGUGAAAAAUCAGAAGUGCAAAAACGGCAGAACCAGCAACAGCAACAGCAACAGCAACAACAGCAACAACAGCAACAGCAACAACAGCAGCAACGCCCCCAACAGCAACAGCAACAACAACAACAACAGCAGAGCUUGCCUCGUCCUGAUGCCCAUAUUGGUACCACUGACGAGUUGAAGUGGGUAUUGCACGACUUGAUCUCUACAAUGUAA